CAGCAUUUAGCCCUUGAUGAAAAUCAAAAUUAUGUUCACGAGUAUACAACACACGAGACAUAUCAAGAUGUGGCAGCAAGAAAUACAGAUGCUGACUUUGAGCAGUAUUAUGAAAAGCCUGCAAUGCCUCAGAAGAAACCAUUUUACAAGAACAAAAAGUACUGGAUCAUCUGCUCUGUUAUUACUGUCAUUGUCGUCGUGGUCGUCAUCCUCUUGGUUCUUUUUGUUGCCUUCCCAAAGAUCGCUCAGCAUACCAUGAACCAAUCUCGAAUUGAGGUUAACGCAGCUCAAAUUACGUUUGAGCCUCCACCUGGCUCUAGCUUGCAGCCCGUUGCUGGUGCUGACCCCAAUUCAACGUUCUAUAUGCACAUGGUAACGGAUCUCAAGAACACUGGCCCAUUCAGUGCAAAUAUCCAAUUCAAUAACGACGUGCAAGUACUAUUCAAUAAUACCGUGCUGGGUACCAUUACUCUUCCAGAUACUCAUAUCAGUGGAGGACACGGUUCGAUUGAUACUGUCACACUUUUCAAGAUUGCUGAUGUUGCUGCCUUUUCUUCCUUUUCAAAAUACAUGCUAGCUAAUGAAAAGUUCACCUGGACUUUGGAUGGAAAAGCUCGUAUCACAGCUCUUUCGAGCAUUCUUAAUAGAACGGCUGAAGUCAGCAUGAAAAAAGAUAUCACGCUUGAAGGCAUGAAUGGGUUCCCUCAGGUUAGAAUCAACUCAUUCCAGCUUCCUGGUGAUGCUCCUACAGGCGGUAUCUUGCUUGAACUUGGCACUGUACUUACAAGUCCUUCUCCAAUUGGUGUACAACUUGGCCAUAUCGAAAUGGACGUCAGUUAUGAUGGUGUCGACCUUGGUAUUGUCAAAGCUGACAAUGUGAUACUUCAAAAGGGCGAUAACGAUAUCGUCUUGAAAGGGACACUUAAAUCACAAGCAAAUGACCCUGUUGCUCAAGAAAAGGUCGGCAAACUCUUCUCAAACUACAUUGCUGGUCUAGUCUCCAAUACUACCGCUACUGGUGUUUCUGCGGCUCCUAAUGGUAAAGACUCCAUCACUUGGCUCUCUGAGGGUCUUCGAUCUGUCGUCCUUCAUGUGGCUCUUGGAGCUGAUAAGCCCUUAAAGAUCAUGAACGCUGUUAAUAUGGGUUAUUUAGACCUUGCUUUCCAGAGCAAUGCUCCUUACUCGCCUAGUCUUCGUGCUCCUGCUGUUACCGCUGGAUACUCCAUGCCAUUUGGGUUUGCCUUGAAUAUUACUGAAGUAACCCAGAAUAUCACUCUUGGCUUGAACAAGUCUGGUACCUUUGAACCUUUUGCUGUGCUCAAUGUUCCCUAUGUGCCUUCCACAAGUGACCAAAGCUCUGGCAAGCUUCAAUUUGCCAUUCCUCAAGGUUCUAUUGCUGGUAUCCCUGGAAAGGAGAGUACUUUCAACGAGUAUACCUUUGGCCUGACCUCCUCUGGAAAUUACACUUUUGUUGUCGCUGGUAACGCAACCACAAAGGUCAACACAACCAUUGGUCCUCUUGUCCUUUCUGGCAUCAACUUUGAACUUCCUACUAGCAUUCACGGCUUAGAAUUCUUGAACUCUUCAGCAACUGUGAUCAACUCCUUGGAUGUUACUGGCGGUCAAAGCGACUACUUGGAAUUGGCCAUCAACGUUACCAUUAAUAAUCCCUCUGACUUCAGCAUUGCUACAGGAGAUGCUUCCUUUGACAUGAUUGCAGCUUCUACUCAACUUGGUAAAGUCAUCCUUCGUAAUCUCACCUUGAAUCGUGGUGCCAAUACUAUCUUGGCUGCUGCUCAGUUUGACCCCAAAUCAUCCCAAACUGGUCAAUCGCUCUUGAGCAACUUUGUGAUGGGUCAAGACAACACAGUUGAGAUACAAGGCAACGCAAACUCUAGCUCAAUAGUGUCCUUGGCUGAAGGUCUUAGCGUUAUUUCACUCUCCUCUCAACUUCCUGGUCUGAAGGUUGCUCUCAUCCAGGGAUCCUCACUUGUUGUACCUCCUAAUGCUGCUAAUGAUGGAAUGGUCAAUGUCAAGGUUUCUAUUGCCAAUCCUUUUAGCGCUGGCAUGACCAUUACUAAGGUGACUUCAGCUGUUACUUAUAACGGCAUGCCUGUUGGAAAUAUCGACCAAGACAUUAGCAAUAACCCUAUUGUUAUCCCUGGUAAAUCCACUGUCCAAUCUGGUGACCUCUCUAUGCAAAUGAAUAUCGAGCCUGGAGCUGUUGCUCUAUUACUUCGUACACUUGCCGUCAAUGCCAACUUGAAUACUCGUCCCUUAGACGCCUUGCUGACCGUUGGCGGCUUCAGUAUUGACGGCCAAGAACAAGUUUCUGCUGACCCAGAGUUAUUCAACGGCUUUAACAUCUCCAGUUUUGUCAUGGAUGCCAUGAAGAUCUUGAAGGUCGACCUUACACUCGCUUCUUCUCUGAAGAUUGGACAAUAUGACAACACUCUUACUUUCUCACAAUCUGCUGUUCAAACCUCAACUGAUUCUACGGUUACUUCUCUAAUUCCUAUUGUUGGUCAAAAGAUUGUUCAGCAAAUUGUCGAUGCAUCUGUUCUCGCUUUUGAUUCCAUCAUCAUGUCCGAGCCUACCGAGUCUAGCUUCAAGGUCCAGAUGAAAGGCUCAAUUACCAAGACUGGCCCUAUGGCUGCUUCUAUUAGUUUUCCUACCCCCUUGACUGUGUCAUGGCAAGGGAAGGUUCUUGGCCACGUAUCCAUGCCUACAAUCGAAGCUAAGCCUGGUUCUGGUGCUACUUUUGAUGUCAAUGGCGAGUUUAGUAUUGCUGAUUCCGGAAGUAUGACCGCCUUUGCUACCUACAUGAUCAACAAUGGAAACUUUGAAUGGGAGAUUACUAGCGAUGAUGUUAAUGUUAACGCCUUGGGCUUUACUUUUGGAAAGAUUAAAAUGCACAAGUUUGUCACUCUUUCUGGCGCCAACGGCUUCAAGGAUGCAGUCAAGAUCAACAAAUUUGAUCUUCCUAGAAACAAUGCCAAUAAUAAUGGAAUCGUUAUUACUGUCGACUCUGUAAUCUCCAAUCCCAGUCAAGUUGGUUUCAAUUUUGCAAGCGUAGCUUUCGACAGCUACUAUAAAGAUAUCAAACUUGGUCCUCUCAGAUCUGUUGGAGCAGCUGUCUUUCCUCCUAAAGGCAGCAACGGCAUGAACAUGGAAGGAGAGCUUGUCAAACAAGAUUCAGAAAAGGGCCUCGCUGCUGUCACUGAAGUGUUUAUGAACUAUCUGAGUGAAAAAGACUCUAUCUUGACUGUCAAGGGUGUCUCUGCCUCUGGCCCUAAUGGUCCUGUGUCUUGGCUUUCGACUGCUUUCAAGACUUUGGAGAUUAAAAAUGUUGUUCUUCCUCGACCUACAACAAAGCCUAAUCUCAUAACCUCUGUCAACAUGAACGAUCUUCAAAUGGACUUUACAAAGAAUCCUUUUGCAGCUCCUGCCGGUUCUAAGGAUGUUGUAGCUAAAAUCAAUAGCCCUUUUGCUUUCCCACUUGGUAUCUCCUCAAUGAACAUGAAGGUGGACGCUACCUCUGAAGGACAAAAGGUUGCCAACUUGGACGUGCCUAAUGUGCCUGCGACAUCAACACCAGAUAACGUGGUUCAUGCUGGAUUUAGCGAUGUUCCAUUUAAGGUUUACUCUGGAGCCGAAGCUACAUUCACUAAGUUUGUGGGCGGCCUUACGUUACUUCCCAAAGUUGGUUUUGGUUUAGCUGGAUUUGCUGGCUUUGGCGGUACCUCAGAAAUUCUAUCCUUAAAGGUUGUUGGUGGCUAUCCUACGUAUAUCGCAGUUGAACUCGUUAUUGCCUUAAACAAUCCCUCCAACAUCACAAUUACAACUAAUGAUCUUACCUUUGAUGUUGUCAUGGAUGCCACUGGUUCUUCCAUUGGCUCGGUUACUUUAUCCAAGCCAACUAUCCUCCCUGGUCGCAACGAGAUGAAAGCUAAUAUGAAAAUGACUGGUACGGAUCUUCUUUCUUUGUCAAGGGCUCUCACCAACUACCUAACUGGACAAACGACUGCAUUAACUGUCAAGGGUACCGAAAAAUCUACCGAUAUUAUCCCACUUCAGCCAGGUCUUUCAAAGGUUCAACUCAAGACAAAUAUGGUUGGCAUUCCCCCUUCUCUUGUGGUUGAAAGUCAAAUGCAACUUGCUGGUUUAACUUCAGUUAACAUUUGGGUCAAAUUCUAUAAUCCUCUUGAUACCGUUUAUACAGUUGCUGCUGUUGAUACCUUGGCUUACUUUACAGACAAAACUGGUAAAUAUCAACUACUUG